GAAGGAGAGAAAAUUCGGAAGAAGUACCCGGACAGAGUUCCGGUUAUUGUUGAGAAAGCACCAAAAGCAAGGAUAGGAGACUUGGAUAAGAAGAAAUACCUGGUUCCCUCAGAUUUGACAGUUGGACAGUUUUACUUCCUUAUUCGGAAGCGAAUUCAUCUCAGACCUGAAGAUGCCUUGUUCUUUUUUGUGAACAAUGUCAUCCCCCCCACAAGUGCAACGAUGGGUCAGCUUUACCAAGAACAUCAUGAAGAAGACUUCUUCCUCUACAUAGCAUACAGUGACGAGAGUGUCUAUGGAGCUCAGUAGAAAAAAAAAGAGAUAUUUGUAUAGUUGAACUUUUAAUUUGGGUCAGUGAGGCUGUGAAUGAAUUCUUUUAGCAGCCGUAGUCAAGGUUAUAAAAUUAUUUCAAGUACAGUAAAUAGAAAAAGUGUUAUUGCUAUAUUUUGUGGUUAGUAAUUAACUUGCUUUGGUCAGCAGUCAUAAUGUUUAAAGUACAUGUAUAUUUUUGUUGCAAGCAGGCUGCUUUGCUGAAUUCAAUCAAAAGUCUCAUUAUUCCAAUGAGAGCUUAAUUGCCAUGACAGUAGCUCAGUAGACAAACUUGAAGUAAUCAAUGUUGAAAACUCGAUCAGUUAUGCUCCCUUCCAAAGGUGUUAUACCAUCCUUUCAUCCAUUUACUUCCCUCUAGCUGAUAUAAAAAGUACUCAGAUACUGAUUAAUUCUGGUUCUCAAAGGGUUUAAGCCAUACUUCACUUAGGGGUCACUCAUUUGGGGGAACUUUUUCUCUGUCCAACCAUUUUCUUGCUUUAGUAUGAGUUAUCAGGGUCAACAUGGCUGUUGUUACUACUGAUAAUAUCUUGCAUUAUCUUCAUGUAGGUUAACAUUUUGAUUCUAUAGAGUGAACAGUAUUUAAUUAUCUUCAAUUUGUAAUACAUUGUUAAAGUUCAGAUGAUGAGAAUGAGGAAAAUUAUAAAAUAUACACAGAAGUUAUUGUGUUCAUGUAAUAACACAUAGCCAGUGAAGAAUUUUCUGCUUGUUAACCAAGGGAAUUACUGUCCUCUCAGCUCCCAGAGGUAGUUCUGAAAUGUACCAUGACAGCUGAAACAGAGCACAUUUUCAAUUUACACCGUGAAACCACCACCUGGAUCUUCCCUUCAGUGGAAUAACCAGGUGCCCCCUUAGAAAUAUGGGGUUUCCAAAACAGUAGUUAGUUGCCUGUGACACCCUAGUGCUGGUGAAGCACAGCCCAAGAAUAGGUUCAACAAUCACUGUUUAAUCCCUUGCACAUAUAUGACCUUGAAAAGUUUGCAGCAUUUCUGAUGAAUGAUCUUUAGUUUUUUGUUGGUUACCGUGUCCUACAUAUCUUUCUCAUCUGCUGCCACUUUAAGAAGUUACAUGUAUUUAGAGAUAAAAAUCUGUUAUGGUGUAGAUUAUCUGCAAUAGAUCUCUUUACAACUAUGGUGGUGUGAAAGUUGUCCCUUCCCCUCUGUCCAUUUUAUUUUAAUGAUUAUCAAUAAAUCAAUUUGUUGACCAAUAUAAUUUUUGGUAAAUGGGUUUUAUCCUAAGAUAGCUGAAGACAGUUUUGGACAAGGGUUUUAAACUGUAAAGAAACUAGGACACUUUGUAUCUGUCCAUUUGAAUUCUUAAAACCUGGAAUAAAGAAAUUUAAUAUCAUCAAUUCAAACGAUUGGUGUGUUGUUAUUGUUAUACAUAUCACAAUAAUGAAUAAAAAUAUAAACCUUGA